UCGCGCAGGCCAGGUUGCACCAAUCCCGUCGGUCGAUCCGCCGACCACGUGCUGCAUCCCGCCGACAGGCGAGAAACCGCGAAGAGGAAAAGUCACGGAGAUUCGAUCGCGCGCACGUGCCCCACGUGCACUCGCGACGACUGCCGCGCCGCGAGACGAUAAAAGAACAUUUUUUUUUUUCUAAAGACUUCCGCGACGGGUGCAACGUGCCUUGUCGUGAAACGCAUUUUCGAUCAAUCCACGCGCUUCGAUGAUCACUGAAAGUCAGCGAGAUACGAUAGUGCGAAUCAAGAUCACAGUAAGCGAGUCGAGUUGUUCUAGUUUCCGAGAUCGAUCUCCCGUGUGUUUCGCUGCCGUGGGAAUUCAAUUUUCAAGUGCACGAGAUGAUAAGUCCGCGGGAAGCCACGGUGCUCGGGCGGAGGGCACGAGUUAAAACGGAUGUCGUGAAUUAAUUGGCGGGAGAUUCCGAUCGCGCUUUCAGAUUCGGCCGGGUAGCAGGUUACACCGGGUGUAACACACCGUGACGCCGGCGGCGAAUUUCAUUCCGAAGCAUUUCUCACGUCCGCGAAAUCAGUCCGGCCGCGCGCGGAACGCGAUGAUUAAACGAGGCGCGCUGUCAUUCCUAACUGAGCGUUCCACUUUCCGCACGUGAAACUCACGGGACGAGGCGGAAAUGAAUGCGAAAUGAUCGCGUCAGUGUACGACCCGUGUAACCUUCGGUUCUCACCGCAGCCAAAGCGUAAUCGCGGUGCGAUAACCUUUGAGCGGGGCGUUCAAAAAUUUUCACGCUUCGGCGAGUCGCGGCGAAAAAGAGGAAUCGAUCAGAAAAAACACUCGGCGCUCGAAGAUCAAUCGACCGGUACGGGACGGAAUAAUUGAAUUAUCGAAGGAAAAAAAUCGUUUGGAGACACAGGAGAAAGCGGGUCGUCCUGCAGGACGACCAUACAUGGUUGCCGUCUGCCUACGAAGCCGAGGAAGAAGCGGGAGCGCGUCGUCGUCGCGUGGGAGGUCGAGCCAUCGUGCGCGACGCUUUUUACGCGAAGCAAAGCGAAGAGACAGAUUCGUGCGCUCGCUCCGGAACCUACACGCGGACGGAGCAACUGUUUAAGAUCUCGCCGAUCUCUUCAGUUACGAGCGCGACUGCACGGAUUUUGUGUGUACGGAUCUUCCAGGAACGCCGUGAUCGGCGCCGAUCUCUUUCUUCGACGCGUCGCGAGGACGCAUGGCGAAAGCAAUCGACAGAUCAAUCCGGAGGGGAACCUGAUUCGAAGCAAGUUUGCGCCACCAAGUAGCCAGCGCAGUUCGAAUAAUUAUCUGCAACUAGUUCGUUAAAGAGCAAAUCGUGACUAAAUCUUCACGUGAGUCGAAUCGCCGUAAGUAAACGAGAUUGAAAACCCAUUCGACGAGCGAAAGAGAGACAGAGAGAGAAAGAGAGAGAGAGAAGAGAAAGAACGGCAAAAGGAGAAGAAAAUAAGAUGAAAAUGUAUGAACGGGCUGUGAAUGUACGAACCGCUUGGGAAAAUGCAUAAGAAACUAUUAUAUCGCGGGAAAAUCGUAUGCGAAAUGAAGUGAGCCGCAUAAGACGCGCAACGUCGAUCCGUAUCAGCGUCUACGCUCUCAACAUGCAGUCGCGGUCGGAGUGUAUUAUCGGCGAGCGCCGCUUGCAGAGCCGGAGCCUCGCGAAAUAAACUGCCGCGUACAUACGUCGCUGUCGUUGCGCUCGUGACAAACGCGCGCGACGAAUGAGAAGUUCCGCUACGGGUAAAAAUAAUAAUAGGGAGGCAGAAGAAGAAGACGAAGAAGAAGAAGAAGAAGAAGAAGCAGCAGCAGCAGCAUGCCGGUCGCGGGCACGAGGAGAUUAUGCAGAGUGGGACUCGCCGUGGUCUUAGUCACCGCGCUGUGCGUCCUAACUCUCCUAGACUCGCCGCCAACACGACUCCCGGAUCCACCGACCGAUCCUCCUCCCACGCCUGGAGGCGAACCACCGGGUACAAGAAGCAUCGUCGCUUAUUCGUGGGCCCGAAGAUUGGCACUCGAUUAUAGGCCCACCAAGCACUGCGACGGUAAUGGAACGCGCGGAAUGGCGUUAAACGCGUACGAGCCACCCGGCACGAAGUGGCUCGAGACAAUCCCGGGACAGCUCUUCCUGUACAGCGCCCACUUGGAUCUCAGAGUCGCCAGUUACCCAAGCAUCAGAGUGAUUGGCGUUAAACGAGGAGCCCUACCGCCCUCCGCGCUCUUCUGCACUAUAUGGUACCGGGAGCACGGAAGGAUACAACGGUUGAGCGUGGAGGCACUCGUCUCGACGAUCUGGUUGAACGAAUGGGGCGGCACGACGGAUAGCUAUACCGGUAUCCUCAUAAACUGCCAAUUGCCGUUGGACGGCACGCCGCGCCAUCCGUCUCGGGUUUAUGUGGGUUCGAGUCCCUGCCACGAGAAUGCUAGUCAUAGUUUAACGACCUAUUCGGAGCUCGACGACGAGUCUUCCGGCCGGAAAAGACGCCGGCAGUUCACCCUGUGCAUCAAGGGACUGGACUUCGACGAGGAUAUAUCGCGCAAGCUCGUAGCCUUCGUCGAACUGCACCGCAUUUUAGGCGCCAACCUAUUCUACUUCUACGUUUUCAACGUGCACGAGAACGUAUUGAAAGUGCUGCGCCUGUACGAACGAUCGAACGUGGUGCGGUGGUUCGCGCUUGACCUACCGGGCGACCUGCCGAAUGAAAAGGCGGCCCGGAGGCGAUUUUUCAGCGAGGACAUUUGGACAAAGAGGCGGAUGGAACUUAUUCCGUAUAAUCACUGCUUCUACGAAAACCUCCAUCGAUCGGAGUUCGUGGUGCCGAUCGACAUCGACGAGGCGAUCGUGCCGACGCGCCGGAAAACCUGGCACGAGCUGCUGCUGGACGAGCGCGCGAAGCUCGGCAGAAACUUCAAGGAUUUCGCGUCCUACUCCGUGCGAAACGCCUACUUUUUCCCCGAGCUGCAGAACAAGAGCCAGACCGAUCGGUCGAUCGAGAAUGAGCUCCGUCGCGCGGCCGAAUACCCGGAUUACCUAGACACCAUGAGAACGGCCAGUAUCUCGCCCGAGGGCGACUCGGUGAAAAGCUUCGUCUCCACGAGACGCGCGCUAACGGUGCACAAUCACUAUGCCCUAACCACGUUAAACCCGUCCACCAGACGGGCUCAUCAUCUGGACUCGAACGAUGUACUCAAGCAUCAUCACCGGGCGUGCGACAGCCGACAUCUCGAUUGCGAUCUCCUGAUGGAGGACGUUAGGAUCGACGAGUCCGCCCUGCGCUACGCGGACGAGCUCAAGACAAGGAUGAAGAUCGCCUUGGCCGAUCUCGACGCCCUGCCAUAGACCAUAGUGAUGUUGUAAAUAAUAAAGCUCCUUUCAAGUA